AUGAACCAAAUACAACCCAACCCUGACACCCUCGCCAAACACAGUGCCAUCGUUUUUCGCGUGUUCAUCUCAUGAUACUCAGACUGUCAGUGUCCAAAUUUUUCAAAAAUGUGCCUAAUUUAUUGUGAUUGACUUUACUGAAUGCAUCAAAAUGUAAAAUUCUCGCAAAUGAGAGUCGUUAGAUUUAGAUAAAAUGAAUACCAGGUAGUAAACAAGCCGCAUUUCUUCAUUCUUUCAAAUUACCAUAGGAAAAAAAAUCUUUCUGACCAUCAUGUGAUAAUACUAAAAUCAGCAAUGGGUAGUCUGCCAAAUCUACACGAACUAGGAAAGGACUCUCAGAGCGGUCCAUCGCCGUACCGACCAGGACCGGCGUUGGGUCACCUGUGCGGAGGCGGCCAGCCCACUUUGUCACAAGAAGAAAAAUCAAAAAUUCUGCACCGCUACUCUGGUCAUGCUCGGAUGACAAAGGCAAGAAGCAACGGUCACGAAUCAAAAAUAGCCUGCGACGACUUCAUGCUGGAGCAUAUGGCCACUUACUCGCCGAUUUCCAACCGCUCAACCCGAAAUUUAGCCCAUGCCAUAGACUCCAUGAACAGUUCCAUCGGAGCGACUUCGGUCCGUCGUUUGAUCGCCGUGGUGCGCUCCAACACUCACAACAAUCCGCAAGCAAGACAAGAACCACCGUACUCUCGCCGUCUCCUAUUAACGAAUCUCGUGGUUCUCUGCAUCUCGCAUUUAAUCAUCACUGCCGCCUUCCUGCCUUUCCUCGCCCUCCAAACGAGCGUUUCAGUGUGGACGAUGCCCCUGAGGCACUACCUCAAACCCAUCAACAUUAACAUAGGAUCUUUUUUGCUGGCCGUGGUACAUUUUUUCGCGGCGGCCUCCUCGGUUUUCGGACCCUCGGUUGUGCAGAAGCUUGGGACGAAUUUAGUCUUUCUUUGUUCCUACGUCGUGUUCCUCGUUUUCUAUGUCUCUCAUCUUUAUCCGUCGCUUUACUUACUUCUUCCUGUGUGCGUAGUUUUGGGAUUGGUUUUGGGUCCGCUGGCUUCGUCACAAAUCACUUUCCUGAUGACUCUUUCAGCGAAAAUUAGUUACAUGUUUUCCGAAGACGACGACGAUUCAAAAGCGAUUAGGAAAACGUGUAUUAUUAGAAGGUUAGCGAGGGCGUUUAAAGCUGCACAUGAUUUUGGACUUAUUGUAGGUUCUGUUUUAUCCGCUCUACUUAUCACCUACACGGUCAACAUCAGCAAUCAAGAAUAUGGAGACAUAUUCGACAACUCGACGGCCGUUAACGUCAAAAACGACACGGAGAGUUGCAGUAAUUUUACGGUUGACACCAACUGCACGAGGGAGAAACCUGCUUUUUCGUCGCAUAAUGUUUACGAUUAUAACGCCUUUCUGGACGACAUUUUCGACACUUUCGAGGGAACAAGACUCUGUGGGGCCCAGGCAUGUCCUCCGAAUUUUCUUUUACAUUUCAACAUGUCCGAAGAGGGUUUCUUCCACGUUUUGCCAAAAAACACGUCCACAGUUUUGGCCGUCGUUUACGCCGGUUUUUGUCUAGUUGCAGCCAUGACGAGUGCAGCAGGACUAGACAGAAUUAGAAUGUACGUUUAUCAAGAUCCCUUGGAAAGGCCAGAAGGACUUGCUGCUUUACGGGCAGUGAAAGAGUCCUUCCGGGACGUUCGACUGCAGAUGGCAGCUCCUUUGGCGCUGUUUAUUGGAUUAGAACAGGCGUUCAUGUACGCAGAUUUUAGCAAGUCUUACGUUGUGUGCACUUUGGGUAUCCAUCGACUCAAUUUGGUAUUCUUAUCGAUGGGUUUACUGCAAUCGAUAGCAGCGUGUACUUUAAGCAUGCUUUUAAGAACCAUCCGAAGGUACUACGUUGUUGCUGUGGGUUUCACUUUUCAUGCAUGUUUGUUAAUGGUUUUAAUACUGUGGAAACCCAUUGAGGACGAUCCUGCACUUUUUUACGUCAUUUCUGCUGCUUGGGGUGUCUGCAACGCUAUUUGGGAAAUGCUCAAUUUUACUCUUCUAACCGGAUUAUACAGCGACAACUGGGAAUCAGCAUUCGCAAACUCGACACUUUUUCGAUUCUUGGGUAUGAGUGUGGCAUUCGUCUUUCAUGGAAUUGUAUGUAAUUACUAUAAACUGUACGCUCUGGGAUUUUUCCUCGUGGCGGCAGUCGUACCGUUCGCUUGGUUAGAAGUGCGACUGGAGAACAUGCGUAAAGUCAAAAACAUCAUUCGGUUAUGACCUAAGCUGAAUAUUUGGUGAUCAAUUACCAUCAUCUGACAUAUCAUCCAUUCCUGAACGUGUACUGGUCGUUGCGUUGCUUUUGGUAAUUGAAAUUUCACGUAGAUGUCGUACUGUGAUGUUUGUAAAUAAAAUCAAAGAGGUUGUUAUAACACCUAUUGUAUGUAAAUAAAAUAUUAUUUACUUAAUAAAGAAAAUGUAAA